AUGUCACGAGCCGAGAGUAGCAAACGUGGGAUGAGUCGAAUCAAAGCAACGAGUCGCUUUAAUUCGACGAUGGAGAUGGAGACGAUAGCGUCAUGGAGUGAAGCUGAGCAGAGUGUUUUGAAUGAGAAUUUAGUGACAUACCCAGCGGAGAGUUAUACGGAGUUUAAACGAUUAGCUUUGUUACUAACUAACUUACCUACUAAACGUCUUCGCGACGUCUCUUUACGACUUCAAUAUAUGAAAUUAAUAGAAGAGAAAAAGAUCACGACAUGGGAAGACUUCAUUAAAAGUACUUUAAGUCCACGAGCUAAAAGUGAACGUCUUCGAAGAGAUUCACCUUCAAGAUCUCCACGAACUCCUAAGAGUGCAAGAGAACAUGGAGAAGCUUUCUAUGACUCUCCAAGAUAUAAAAGACCUACUAAAGGAAAAAGUAUAACACCACAGAACACUGCGGGAUUGAUCACAAGAGACCCACAGAAGCUUAUUGAAGAAAAUGAAUUCAUCUUAAGAAAGAUCGAAAACUCUUUAGGAAAUGUCGAUAUUAAAGACUGCAAUAGAUUUAAUUUUAACUGCUUCACUGUUAUGGAUACUACUAAAUUCUGUAAUGGCGUCGUUUUGCCAGUACUCCAGAACUCUCCUAUUAAGGUACAACAAGCAGAUUUGGACGCAAAACUCAUUAAUCCAACCGGAGAACUCAAUUUCAAGAUCGGCAAGCUCUCUCUGAAUCAAAUGAACAAUAUCCAAAAUACUGACUACGUCUUGGAAAGCCCUCAGAUACUAAAUAAUGUCCCCCUCCAGUUGCAACAACUUUCUAUAACACAGGGAAAUCUAGAGACUCAGAUGCAAAUGACUGGAAGCAAUGAGGAAAAUACACAAGGAAAUCAGAACGGUACACAGAACUAUGAGGGGAUGGAGGAAUAUCAACAGGAACAAAACGACUCAUUUAUUAAUGGAAGCUUCGGUGGAUAUGGCCUCACCGUCUCUUCGCUGACGUCUCAGUAA